CCAGCAAAAACGAACCAUGAUGGUCUUUGCAGAGUCAAAUCACCUGCGAAUAUCGUUCGCUGGCGAUCUUGGCCAACCAGACAAAACACCUCCGAUGGAACAACAGCAACCACCAGGCCUGGUUCGAAGAGACACAACACUUUUAGAUUCAGAAUUUGAGUUCCACACUUCAAGAAGCUUUGAUCCUGGAGAUUCCUCACCAGCUGAUGAGAUCUUCGCUGAUGGGAUGAUCCUCCCUAUCCUUCCUUUCCAAGUAACUGCUGCAUCCACCAUGCCAAAACGUCGUUACAAGUACGAGCUCCCUCCUAUCAUCUCCACUCCUUCCUCCUCUCUUCCACCUUCUCCUCCUCAGCCAUUGCCAUCACCUCAACAGUCUAGAAAAUUCUGCGACAAGGAGACUCCAGGAAUCGGAAACCGUCGCGCACAUUCAGUCUCGGAGGCAGAGAAGUCAUCAAAGUCGUUUUGGAGCUUCAACAGAAGCUCGAGCCUAAACUGCGAUAUAAAGAAGAAUUUGAUAUGUUCGUUUCCUGGUUUGACAAGAAGCAUUUCCACAGGAUCAGUGAUAAACUCGAAGAGGGCAAUGCUUAGGGACAUUAACACGCAUAGCUCGCAGAGACAUGGAGCCCCACGUCCAGUGGCAGAUACGUCAUCUUGUCCUCCCUCUACAUGCUGCAGCUCGUAUCAGUUCAGGCCACAGAAGCACUCCGUAAAGAAUAGCGGCAGCAGAGGAGGAAGCUUUCGGGUAACUCCUGUGAUAGGUAGUAGUCCAUCUCCAUUUGGGUUUGGAUCUAUCUUAAGACUUUCGAAAGACAAGAAGACCAAGAACAAGUAAUAAGUGCUGUUCUUCUUUUGAACACAAAGUAGGACCUCUCUCAUUGUUUUAUUAUGUUUUGUGCGACGCAUGACUGCAACAAUAUCCCAUACAUAUUACCUUUAUCAGUUGUGAUUUACUUAUAAGAUAAGGUAACUGAUUAGUGAUAACUAUCAUGUUGGAACUAAUGCAAAUCUUGAUUGAUC